GUUGGAGUCACGUCAAGAACGACAGAGUCUGACCUCGCGGCCAGGCAGACAGACCUACUCAGGUGUUGCGACACACCUGCUGUGCAGAAAAAUACUAGUACUAGCUGUUUAGUAAAACUCAGUUACAGUAAGCUGGUCAGGCGAUUUCAAUCAUAGCGAGUAGUCACCACUGGUCACGGACGGGACAGCAGGACUUGAAGUUGAAGACGCCGUUAGUUACGGUCUACUGUACUGAUACAUUUUGCAGGUGCUGCACUUACCAGGCAGACGUAGGGAAGUAAACACGUUGAAGAACAUCGAGAGAUCUCGAGAGCAACGAGAGGCGGACGAUCGCCACAAAGCACCGGUGUCGAAGAUGAUUCUCCAGCGAGCAUGCCUCUUCACGAUCCUCCUACUGGUGGCGGCGCAUGUACCCAGCACGACGGCGGACUGGAAACCAGCAGCUGCUCCGCUGUUGACGAAGUGGGCAGCAGAGGUAACACCGGAUCAACAAGCCGAGUACCCGAGACCGACGAUGGUUAGAGGCGAGAGCAGCUGGGCGAGUUUGAAUGGACUUUGGCAGUUCGUCUCCAACGUUUCCGACCUAAACACACCGCCGUUCGGCAAGACCCUGGGCGAGGAAUUGCUUGUGCCCUAUCCUAUCGAGUCGCCGCUGUCCGGAAUCCGUCGAACCACCGACAAGGAUUACAUGUGGAUGAGGCGGACGUUCACAUCGUCCUGCGCAAAUCAACGUACCUUGUUGCACUUCGAAGCGGUCGACUGGAAUUCAACGGUGUACGUGGACGGCCGAAUGCUGGGUUGGCACGCAGGAGGCUAUGACGCGUUCAGCUUCGAUAUCACUGACAUACUGGCAAAGAGUAAGGAGUCACCACACGAAUUGCUCGUGGGUGUCUUCGAUCCAACUGGACCCUGGCCCAUCGGAAAACAGAGUCGUGGCGCGGUCACACACCCAGGGGGCAUCCGAUACACAUGCACAAGCGGUAUAUGGCAGACAGUGUGGCUGGAAUGUGUGCCCGAUGUGUUUAUCAGCGAUAUCUUUAAUCAACCAUCGUUCGCUGAGAAAUCCGUGUCCGUUACAGUGAACGUGAGUGGUGCGUUGCUAGGAUCAGAACCGGCGGAACAUGCUGCUGUCGACAUGACUGUAUCCAUUAUCGUGUCGAUACGGGAUGCGGACGAUGCACUUCGUACCAUUAAUGGCACCGGUUCACCCAGCAGCCCGGUUAAAGUUCAAAUCCCGACUGAUCUGGUGAGGCCCUGGUCUCCGGACAGUCCAGAGCUAUACAACAUAACCGCUAUGCUUAUCAGCGGUGGCAAAGUCAUCGACACUGUCGACUCAUAUUUCGGCCUGCGCACGAUCAGCGUGACAAAGGACAAGAACGGUAUUCCGCGCCCCAUGCUCAACGGCGAGUUCAUUUUCCAAGCCGGCACGUUGGACCAGGGCUUCUGGCCAGACGGCGCAUACGCAGCGCCGAACGAUAAUGCCCUGGCGUACGACGUACAAGCACACAAGGACAUGGGUUUCAACAUGGUACGCAAACAUGUCAAGGUGGAGCCGCGUCGUUGGUAUUACCACACGGAUCGCCUCGGUCUGCUGGUCUGGCAGGACAUGCCCUCGGCAGGUAACCAAGACGACGUCCAUCGGCAGCAGUUUGCACACGAGUUGACUCGCCUGGUCAUGGGCCGACGCAACCAUCCGUCAAUCGUCCAAUGGGAGACAUUCAACGAAGGCUGGGGACAGGCAUCAGAAGACUUUACUAAGAGCAUGGUGCAGCUUGUUCAAAGCCUGGACCCACAUCGUCUCGUUGACGAUGCCAGCGGCGGGCACUGUGCCGGUGCUCCGGCGUGGACAGGUGGUUGCUCUGGCAAUGUAACCGACCUACAUCACUAUUCACCGCCGGCCAGUCCAAAGGUGGAUACAGCUGACGGACGGGUAGCGGUGCUCGGUGAGUUUGGCGGCAUCCUGUCCGAGGUUGAUAAGCACCAGUGGGCGCCGGGACAUUGCCACGCUUACACGAAAAACGUAGAUGGCAGCGGGCUGGCGUCGCUCUACACGACCUACAUGAGCGCGGUCGGUCAGCUGCGCGACUCUGCGGGUCUGUGCGCCUCAGUCUACACUCAGAUCACGGACGUUGAGACCGAGUGCAACGGAAUGAUGAGCUACGAUCGAGUCAUGAAGUCCAACGCCACAGCAAUCGCAGCAGCCAAUAAGCUGGCAACCAAAGCAAAGGUCAUGCUGUGACCAGGUGACUUGGGAAUACGGGACCAGUGCUUCAGCACUGGUGUCAAAUACUACUUAUUGCAUGUUAAAAGGCGAGCUGAUGCAGACCAGCCCAUGCACUUGCUUCUUGUGCUGGCGGUACUUCAAAAGUAUUCUAUUCAAUAAACACGACUUAAAAACGUCGUCAUCA